UUUUUUGCUUGGCGUCUACCUGAACCAAUGAUAUAUGGAUCAGAACGAAUUAUUGUAAAAACACCUUCACGAAAUUAUACAUCAUAUGAUAUGUUAGAUUUUUUACAUGAUAUAAAUGCUAAAGAACUUUCUCUUAUUUAUUCUCAAGCAUCAUCAAUUUUAGCAUCAUUACCAGAACCAAAUGUUAAUACAUAUUGUUUUUAUGGAGUAAAUAUUUCAACACCAAUAGGUUAUAUAUCAAAAUCAGAUCGAUUUGAAGAUAAUAAAUUAGAAACUAUUCGUGGAUGGGGUGAUGGAGAACAAGAUGAUACAACAAAUAUGUCAUGUCAAUUAUGGAAUAAAACAAUGGAUAAAAAAUAUAAAUUCAUUUCAAAAGGAUUUAAUCGAAUCAGUCAUACAGAACUUGUUGGAAAUGAUAAAGUUUUAGAAGAAAUUGAUCAAAUUAUUUUUUCAUAG